CCAUUUGGCCGUUGCUCCACCUGCGGCUCCGGCUGCCGCUGUCAGUUGGGCGGCUGCGUCCCAACAUGGCGCCGGCGGCAGCGGGGGCGGCCGCGGGGCGCGGGGCCGCGUCGGGCGGAUGGAAAUACUGAUGACGGUCCGGAGACUCGCCUCCAUCUGUACCAUGGGCGCCAAUGCCUCUGCUUUGGAGAAAGAGAUUGGUCCUGAACAGUUCCCUGUGAAUGAGCAUUAUUUUGGUUUGGUCAAUUUCGGCAAUACCUGCUACUGCAACUCAGUCUUACAGGCACUUUAUUUUUGUCGUCCAUUUCGGGAAAAAGUUUUGGCAUACAAAGUGCAGCCUCGAAAGAAGGAAAGCCUCCUGACAUGCCUCUCUGAUCUCUUCAACAGUAUUGCUACGCAAAAGAAGAAGGUGGGAGUCAUCCCACCCAAGAAAUUUAUUUCCCGAUUGAGGAAAGAAAAUGAAUUAUUUGAUAAUUAUAUGCAGCAGGAUGCACAUGAAUUCCUAAACUACCUACUUAACACUAUUGCUGACUUACUACAAGAAGAGAAAAAGCAGGAGAAGCAGAAUGGCAAACUCCAGAAUGGCAGCAUUGAGAGUGAAGAAGGAGACAAGACUGAUCUGACGUGGGUCCAUGAAAUCUUCCAAGGAACACUAACCAAUGAAACCAGAUGUCUUAACUGUGAGGCUGUUAGUAGCAAAGAUGAGGACUUUCUGGAUCUGUCGGUUGAUGUGGAACAAAAUACAUCAAUUACACACUGUCUAAGAGGAUUUAGUAAUACUGAAACUCUAUGCAGUGAAUAUAAAUACUAUUGUGAGCAGUGCCGCAGUAAACAGGAAGCACAGAAGAGAAUGAGAGUGAAAAAGUUGCCCAUGAUUCUAGCUCUGCACUUAAAAAGGUUCAAAUACAUGGACCAGCUGCAUCGAUACACCAAACUCUCCUACCGUGUAGUCUUUCCCUUGGAGCUCCGGCUCUUUAACACUUCAGGAGACGCUACAAAUCCUGACAGAAUGUAUGACCUGGUGGCUGUAGUUGUUCACUGUGGCAGUGGUCCAAAUCGUGGACAUUAUAUCACCAUUGUGAAGAGCCAUGGCUUUUGGUUGCUGUUUGAUGAUGACAUUGUGGAGAAAAUUGAUGCCCAGGCCAUUGAAGAAUUCUAUGGGUUAACAUCAGACAUUUCCAAAAACUCAGAAUCUGGAUAUAUCCUCUUCUACCAGUCAAGAGACUAAGACAAAAGAUACAUGUAUACAAAUAAAAGAAAAAAGGGAUCAAGAUAUGUCCAAAUGGAACAUAUUUGUGACAGCAGAAGCAGUUCCUCAUUGUUGCUGUAGGACCAGGACAGAUGCCGCAGGGCGAAUAAAGGUUUCUCCCUGCUGUUUUGUGGAGGAUUAGUGCUGACUGCCGUAACAAGAAGAGCUUUUGUUCCAGUUUUCUUUCUGGGCUUUUUUUACGUGCUAUCUUCCAAAAUCUGUGUUACCUCUACUUGAAACCUGGCUGCUUAUUUGUUCAUGAACUGAAGAAGAGAUUUAAAAGUAGCAUUGUAGAAUUUUUACCAUUUAAUGUUGGCCUGAGGCUAUACCUUGGUUUCUACCAUCGUCGUUUUUCUGUAUUUUAGCAGAAUGAUUUCAAUAUUCAGUGUCAGCUGAAGGCAUAUUUUAAGAUAUGAACAGCAGCUGGUUGCUGGAUAUUUUUGGUGACUCAGACUUGAGAAGCAGUACAAAGCUAAGACAUAUUGGAAAUGUCAAGUCUGUAAUUUUUAUUAAAAAAAAACCAGACAAAAAACCUCUCUCUGCAGCAUUGUAAAUUUCGCCAUUAUGCAUUAUCUUGGUUUUAGAUAACACUAACAGCACUGCUUCUUUUUUAUAUUAUUUUUACUGUUCUGUUUCUUCUUCAGAAGGUAUGGAACUUUUAUGCAUAUUCAGCCUAGUCCAUUGUGCGUAUUUCUUUUGAAGCAGAUGUUUUGACUCAGAGCCACAUUGCUGCAGAUGUAAGGGGAGCAGAAAAGCCCUUACCUUUUGAAGAACGUGUCUGGCAACCAGUUGCUGUAGAAAGUUUGAAGCUACAGCAUUUCUUGGAGCUAUUGCAUAAACCAAAAGUGCCCUCAUUCUGAAACAGGAUCUGUUCAACAUUUCAUUCGAUACAUAGUAAACUGAUGCAACUAGCAUUCUGAAUCUAUGCUAAUACACAGAAACAGCACUAAUUGUGAAGGGUUAACCAAGGGAAGCAUUAUUUAUGUAACUAAUUCAGUUGUUCUUAAGCUUCAAGAUAACGAACAUUUAAGAAGGAAAACCAGCCAACCCACCCAGGCAUUACCUUGCUAAGUGUUUCUCCUCAUCUGUUGGUAAUGUUUGUAUUGAUCCGGGAAUCAUAACACACACACACCCCACACCCCCCCCAAAAAUGCUUCUGAUUGUUUUACCUCUAUAGGCCUUGCUUAACAGGGGAAAUUGUUAGUCUUUUGAAGACUGAAAUUAAGUAAUUAUCCGUUAUGUUGUGUAUAUAUUAUAAUCUCAAGGAUAACUAGAAAGAAAAACUUAAGGAAGUUUGUAAGAAAUCUCAGAAAACCUUCUGUAAUUUUCUUUUUGGAAAGUCCUGUUGCCGUGCCAAAGCUUGUCCCAGCUGGCUCUAAACUACCAGUGGAAAUGACUAUUUUCCUUUCCUCGUCUUGUUAGGCAACACAAGAGCUGUCCUCCGUGUGUUGUUCCCAGCGCAGCCGUUCAUGGUAUAAACCAGCGCUUGUUGUUCUUGAGGACAUUUAACUUAUGCAAUUCUGUGGCUUGUACAGGAUAUAAAAUACUUUACCAAAAUACUGUCCUCAGGAAAGCAGCGUUUCACAAACAGUUUCUUGUGGUGGCUGUAUGUAUGUUUCUUCUUACCAUGACCAGAAACAUAACGUUAGCGAUUAACUCCUGUCUUCAAAAAGCAAAUUAAUCAUUACCAUUGUAUUCCAACUGAGUACAGCUUUCAUUCUCCUGGCACAUCUCCUCUUCCAGAAGAUAAAAUACGGACAUCGGGUUUUUUAAUUAUUUUUUAUUAUACAGAGUACUGUCAUUUUAAGAGACAUAUUCAAUAACAGCAAACAUUCUUGUCAUCUUGUUCCUAUCGUGUAAAAAUCGUUCCUGGCUAAGAGUCUUCUCCCCUUGUUCACACACAAGCUGUGAGUCCUCUCCUGGUGGCACUACCAGAAGACUGUCAUCACUAGGUCUUGCAAAAAAUUAAAAAAAAAAAAGAGAGCACUGAGUUAAAAAUGAUCUAAACAGAAAAUACAAAAAAUAAUGUAGUACACUAGACAUGUAUUUUGUAUAUCUGGUGAUACAUUUUUACAAAUAAAAUACCUGACUGAGAGAUAAUAUUGAAAGAUAUAUACUAUAGAUUAAAAGCUGUUAAAAGUGCACUUUUGCUACAGAUUUAUAAGGAGACUAAAAGGAAUUAAAUUGGAAGAGAAUGGUGUGAUGUUACUUCUGUAUAAUAAAUGACCCCACCUGUCUCCAAUAAAGGUCAUGUAUGAUCAAAUGCA